UGACCUGGAGCCCGCGCGCGCUCCCGCUCUUUCCGCCUCCGCUGGGGAACCUGGGCUAGAGCUGCGCCGCCGCCUCUGCCUUCCCUCCGGCGCGGCCAUGCCCAACAUCGUGCUCUUCAGCGGCAGCUCACACCAGGACCUGUCCCAGCGCGUGGCCGAGCGGCUGGGCCUGGAGCUGGGCAAGGUGGUGACCAAGAAAUUCAGCAACCAGGAAACCAGUGUAGAGAUUGGUGAAAGUGUGAGAGGGGAAGAUGUGUACAUCAUCCAGAGUGGCUGUGGAGAAAUCAAUGAUAACUUGAUGGAACUUCUAAUAAUGAUCAAUGCUUGCAAGAUUGCAUCAUCGUCCAGAGUGACUGCAGUAAUUCCAUGUUUUCCAUAUGCCAGGCAAGAUAAGAAAGACAAGAGUCGUGCUCCAAUCUCUGCAAAACUUGUUGCCAAUAUGCUGUCUGUUGCUGGGGCUGACCACAUCAUCACCAUGGAUUUGCAUGCUUCUCAGAUACAGGGUUUCUUUGAUAUUCCAGUGGAUAACUUGUAUGCAGAACCUGCAGUGUUGCAAUGGAUUAAAGAGAAUAUUUUGGAAUGGAGAAACUGUAUCAUAGUCUCACCUGAUGCAGGUGGAGCAAAAAGGGUUACUUCAAUCGCAGAUAGAUUGAAUGUUGAAUUUGCUCUGAUUCACAAGGAAAGAAAGAAAGCAAACGAAGUGGACAGAAUGGUCUUGGUCGGUGAUGUGAAAGAUAGGAUAGCUAUUCUUGUCGAUGACAUGGCUGACACAUGUGGCACAGUGUGUCAUGCAGCAGACAAGUUAGUGUCUGCUGGAGCCACUAAAGUUUAUGCUAUUCUGACUCAUGGGAUCUUCUCUGGCCCUGCUAUUUCUCGGAUCAAUAAUGCUUCAUUUGAGGCUGUUGUAGUAACUAACACAAUCCCACAGGAUGAGAAAAUGAAAAAUUGUCCCAAGAUUCAGGUUAUUGACAUUUCCAUGAUUCUGGCUGAGGCAAUCCGAAGAACACACAACGGUGAAUCUGUGUCCUACCUGUUCAGCCAUGUUCCACUAUAACUGCAAGAGAUUAGUGUUUUCCUGUUGGUUGUGUCCACCUGCACUGUCACCCUUUUUAAAUAAUGCGACUCAACAAUGAGAUGACUCUCUUGGUAAAAAGCUUCAGCUCUUGCAUACUUAAAGAUGUUUUAGUUUUCUAAUAAAUCUUUGUUUAUUGUAAAUGGGUAGUACAGCUCCAUUUUGCAAAAUCUCUUAUGAAUAUACUUUUAAGGAUUUUGACGGGGAGGCUUCAAUACUUACCUGUAGGAAUAGGCACAGAACUUUUUGAUUCUGUAUUUGUCUAUAGCAAGAAGGUCAAUAUCAUUUCAAAACCUUUUAUAUUUGUGGGGCUGCCAAAGGUAGCCCAAUUUUAAAAUAUUUCAUUUAGUUUAUAUUUAAUAAUAAAUUGGAUGGGUAAUGAGGUAGUUCUCCUGCUGUGUAAUAUUAAACCUUGUCUAGGCUAUUAACUAAACAUUGGAAUAAGGGAUCAAAUGUGUAUUCCCUUAACAGUUAAAUAUUUUUUUACUUGGCAGAAAUUCUGUGGUACCUUGAUGCCCACCUACUUCAUAUACCUCAUGAUUAAAAAUUGCUGGGCAAAUUGACUUUUUGUGGGGUCAGCAUAACUGUAGAUUGGAGAUUAGUUGCUUGUGUUCUCUUCCUACUAAACUACUGCCUCAAAUGUCUAAUCUCUAAAGCUGGGACCACAGCCACCACUUCUCUGCAUAUGAUAGUUAAUAGAAUUUGUACUUUCAAAACGUUUUACUUCAUUUAGAACUAAAUGUCUCAACUAUAGGCAUCUUGUAUCUAUACAUUAGUCUUUCAAGUAACCUACUAAAAUUUAAACUUUAUUUACAUCUUCAGUUUUAACCAUGAGUCUGUCACUUCAUAGGUCUUUUCAACAAAAUUUGAGACUUCCAUAACAAAAUUAAAGUGAGCUAUUGACACAGUAUUCAGUGUGCUACAUUUUGGAGUAUAUCAAAUUCCAAAGUUCAAACAAUGAUUGAUUGUGUAUGUGUGUAAAAUGAGUUAUCUUUUUUCCCCCUCUGGAAAGCUCAUUGCACUGUAUCAUUCUAUUCUGCUCUGUGUUGGUCAGCUGCAGUUUUCAGUUUUCCUGUUCAUAGUUCAGUAUCUGACAUGUCAGCCAUACAUGUUAAUACAUCUGUUAACAUGUAAAUUCUAAUGGUCACUAGUAUUAGUGGUACAGUAAAAUAUUUCUUAAAGCUAUCCUACCUCCUUACAGACAGUGGACCUUGACCAUUCUGUUAGGUGAGAUCUUUAUUGUUGUGCAGCCAGCUGAGUGGUCUGAUUUCUCAACAGUUGCAGGUACUCCGUAACAAAGGAGCAAAAACCAUUGUGAAAAUAACAGUUUUGAGUUGAAAUGUUGAGACUCUUACCUUUAAGUAUUGGUGGUAAAUUCCUUUAGUAAUUGUAAGGGUUUAUGACUAAAUCAAAGUCCUUACUCUUGGAGAUUACAAUUCCAAGUUCUGAAGGGACUUGGCGACCUAAAAGCAUGGAUAGCACUCAGACAGCACAUUAAAGGUGUUGAGGCUUCAGUUGAGCUAAGAUAAAAUUCACACACACAGAUCAUGAGAGGAUAUCCAGGUUUCCACCUGAUGUCGUUAAUUACAAUUUCAUUUUCCAUAUCUUAGAAAUGAGUUUCUUUUUUUUAAUUGUUGUGGAAAUCCCCCCAAAAAACUGAUUUCUGCCAAUCUUACUGUAUUAUGGUAUGGUAUAACUUUAAAUAUGCUUAUUUUUCUGUGGCAUUUUAGGCAACGUAAUGUUCUGUUCCAGUGUCUACCUAAUAUAAUUCUAAAACUGCUUUAGUUUGGUAUGCCAGCUCUUUCCAGGGAUUUUUUAAAAAUCCACUUGUACUGUCCUUAUCAGUAAGGAGAGAAAUAGUGGUGGUGAGCAUAUCCAUGUCAAUAAUCCAAAGAAAAUGCAAUUCAGGUGUCUGUCUACUAAGAACUUCUAGCCCUAGUUUAAUUUUCAAAUCUUGUAAUAUAACAUGACAAGACAAAUCUGUUGCCUACCUGCUGCAGAGGAGAUUUUAUAUCGAAUUAUUUUACCUCUUGUAGUCUUAAUUUUGGAGAUGUCUAGGUUUAUCACAUUGCAGUUGUCUACCCCAAAACUAUGGCUGAUUAGCCAUGAUCAUACCAAACUUUCUUUUAACUUACCUGUUCUUUUGCUAGUAUAUUUAGUACCAUAGACCAUAUCUGUUGUCGUGCUCUGCAGUCAGGGCUCUGUUACAAAUGAAAUGUUCAACUUUGCCACUACUAUGCUCACGUAUUUUUAAUAAAUCUUAAAACUACUUGUGUUU